AUGGGGUCCAAUGAGACACACUCCGCCACGCCCGUUUGCGUACCAGAGAUCCACGACUUUGGCUGCGCGGUAACUGCCACGAUUGUGACAGGCACCGAACGCUCCAAGAUGGGAUGGUCCAAGUUGUCAAGUCAGCUCUUCCAGCAGAUAACGACCAAUGAACCAGCUUUACCGACCACAUCCCCAGCGGACUGUCUAACGCAGCCCAUUGAGAACUCUCAUCCCAACUUGUUUCGCAUCUUUCCACGAUCAUUCGCUACACCUCGAACAUGUUUACCCCCCGAGGCCCGACAAGGUUAUCAUAUUCUGAUGCUGGAAAAUGAGGAUGAAGGGUGGAUUCGGAAGCUGAGACUGAGAUGGGUCAACGACUUACAUAAUGAAGCUCAAGUCACCAAAAUGAUGUGCAGUAGGGAAACUCUGACAGCAGCUUCUAAAUCCAGAGUAUGCCAAUCUGAAACCUCGAUGCAGGCGCAGGAGCGAACAGAGUCUCUCACGAAAAGGCUUCUCAAAGGAUCAGGAAUUAUUCAAGAAUUCGACGGGUUGAAAAGAGAGGGGAAUAGGUUUGAUACAGCCUUUAGUGAUGGCUGUGCCCAUUCAAGAGAAUCCCAAACUCAUGAUCAAUUUUACAAUGAACACCUAGUGGAGCGCCAACGCUUCUUGCCAAACUUCCUCGAGUGUUCGUCAUGAUCGAUAAGCGAAAGUCGCCCUUCCUAAGCUUCAACCGCUGCUGGGGCCUCUGCGAUAUGCUCAGUGACUUGGAUCUCGGUCGUUGGCUCCAGGUCAGCAGUAACUUGACCUUCAACAGCGGCCGACUUGGUCUCAGGCUUCAGACCAAGCUUCUUCAGACGUUGCUUCUCAGCCCAGUCACGGCUUGCCUGACGACCACGUUCGGCAGCCGCAGCGCGUGCCUUCUUUGCUGCUUCUUCCUUCUCUCGCUUCUCCUUCUCAGCAUUGGACUUGGCUUGCGCCGCACGACUGAAGACCUCCUUGCCCUUCGCGGUGCCAUUCGUCUUUUGAGCUGUAGCUGGUGGGUUUGGCUUUGGAGCCAAUGAUGUGCGAGGCUUGUCGAGGACUCCCAUCACAGUGGAUGGUCGUUUUGCGACAGUCAGAGACUUUGCGGCUUGUGGUGGCACUCCAGGCACUGGCCGUUUUUU